AUGACCAUCUACGGGCACCCCAAGCAGGGCCAAAAGAAGUUCAUCAAGGCGGCGGUGUACGACAAGGGCGAGCGCCGCAUCGCCAACGAGCGAGACCCCGUGGAGCACGCGCGGCAGCGGAAGCUGCUGUCCAACGCAUUCAGCGCCCGGGCCCUGCGGGACCAGGAGGUUGUGAUCCACCACUACGUUGACCUGCUGGUACAGCAGCUCAACAAGCUCGGCAGCGGCGGCAGCAGGCCUGUGGAUGUCUCGGCGGCCUGGAACUGGCUGACCUUUGAUGUAAUAGGCGACCUGGCGUACGGGGAGUCGUUCGGGGCCAUAGCGGAAGGGUCCUCGUACUGGUCAUCGCUGAUCCUGGACGCGAUCCUCUGGGCCAGCGUCGUGCGCCUCAUGAAGCGCAACCUGAUAUUCAAGCUCGUCCUCCCCUUCUUCUGGCCAAAGGGCAUGGAGGAGAAGCUGCAGAAGCACAAGGAGCUCGCGGUGCGCAAGGCCAAGAAGCGCCUCGAGCUCGGCACCAGCCUCGACCGCCAGGACUUCUUCAGCCACCUCAUCAAGGAGAACGCCCUGACCGAGCGGAGCCUGAUCGGGAACGCGCGGAGCCUGCUCGUUGCGGGGUCCGAGACCACGGCGUCGGGGCUGGCUGGGAUCACCUACCACCUCCUCAGGAACCCGACAUGCCUCGCGAAGCUGUACGAGGAGGUCCGCUCCGCGUUCGGCUCCUAUGAGCAGAUCACUGGCGACUCGACGGCUGCCCUGCCGUACCUCCACGGGGCCAUCGAGGAGGGACUACGUCUGUUCCCGCCGGUGGCAUUUGGGCUGCCCCGCGACUGCCCGGGCGCUGUUAUCGACGGUGUCUAUAUUCCGGAAGGAGUUGUCGUCGCAACGGAGAACUAUGCCAUAUCUCGUGACCCGCGCUACUGGGCUGAUCCCGAAUCGUUCCGGCCGGAGAGGUGGAUUGGAGAAGGCUUAGGCGACGACAAGAGGGCCUUCCAGCCUUUCUCGACCGGUCCACGUGCUUGCCUGGGGCUCAAUCUGGCGUACCUAGAGAUGCGCAUAGCCCUGGCCAAGGUAAUCUUUGUGUUUGACUUGGAAAUGGUCUCGGAGAUCGACGACUGGACCGCAGCUUGCAAGAGCUAUGGCAUGUGGAAGAAACCAGAACUGCUGGUUAAGUUCCGCCCACGUGAGAAGUUAAGGGGCCUUGAGUUGGUCGGGUAG